CCUCUAAGAAGAGGAAGCCCACAUGUUAGUCAGUUUUUACUAAUCCCGCUGAAGGAAAUGAAGCCACGUUUCAGCUUUACCAAUCCUUUUCUCAGCACUCUUGGCUGAAAGAGAAAUGGUCAUGUGAUUAUGCUGACACCCCAGCAUGCAUUUUGUAGACCUGUGGUUAACUCGUUCCCUAUCCAUGUGUCUGCUUUUACAAAGUUUUGUCCUCAUGAUACUGUGCUUUCAUUCUGCCAGUAUGUGCCCAAAAGGCUGCCUCUGUUCCCGUUCUGGAGGUCUGAAUGUCAGCUGUAGCAAUGCAAAUCUCAAGGAAAUACCCAGAGAUCUCCCUCCAGAAACAGUCCUGCUUUAUUUGGACUCCAAUCAGAUAACAUCCAUUCCAAAUGAAAUUUUCAAGGACCUGCACCAACUGAAAGUCCUCAAUUUAUCAAAAAAUGGAAUUGAGUUUAUAGAUGAGCAUGCCUUUAAAGGGGUGGCAGAAACCUUGCAGACUCUGGAUUUGUCUGACAACAGGAUUCAAAGCGUGCACAAAAAUGCUUUUAACAACUUGAAGGCCAGGGCGAGAAUUGCGAACAAUCCCUGGCACUGCGACUGCACGCUGCAGCAGGUGUUGAGAAGCAUGGCCUCUAACCAUGAGACAGCCAACAAUGUUAUCUGCAAGACUUCUGUGCUGGACGAACACGCGGGGAGGCCCUUCCUCAAUGCUGCCAACGAUGCUGACCUCUGCAACCUUCCUAAAAAGACUACUGAUUAUGCCAUGCUGGUCACCAUGUUUGGCUGGUUCACCAUGGUGAUCUCGUACGUGGUUUAUUAUGUUCGACAAAAUCAGGAGGAUGCAAGGAGGCACCUUGAGUACUUGAAAUCCCUGCCAAGCAGGCAAAAGAAACCCGAUGAAGCUGAUGACGUUAGCACUGUGGUGAUAUUUUGGAUCCCAGCUUCCAUGCUGCUUUUGGAAAAAGCAAGUGGACUAGCUAAAAGAAGAGACUGAGCUGGAGGUACUAACAUAAUGAAGAAUUCAGUGCUGUUCACUCACCAGUAAAUGUGGGAUUUUCUCCACAGAAUUUGGACAUUAUUUAAGCAGCAGCAAAAAUUUGGACAGGCCUAAAACACUU